UCAGGUCCCCAAUUCUAAAACACAAUGUCGCAGAGAGAUGCAGAUAAGUACCUUUAUGUGGACAAAAACAUCAUUAAUAAUCCCCUGACUCAGGCUGACUGGGCAGCUAAGAAGCUGGUAUGGGUUCCCUCAGAGAAGAAUGGGUUUGAGGCGGCUAGCCUGAAGGAAGAAGUGGGAGAUGAGGCCAUCGUGGAACUGGCAGAGAAUGGGAAGAAAGUGAAAGUAAAUAAGGAUGACAUCCAGAAGAUGAACCCCCCCAAAUUCUCUAAAGUGGAAGAUAUGGCGGAGCUGACAUGCCUGAAUGAGGCUUCUGUGCUUCACAACUUGAAGGAGAGAUACUACUCGGGACUGAUCUAUACCUACUCAGGCCUGUUCUGCGUGGUAAUCAAUCCUUACAAGAACCUGCCCAUAUACUCAGAAGAAAUAGUGGAGAUGUACAAAGGCAAAAAGAGACACGAGAUGCCCCCUCAUAUCUAUGCCAUCACAGACACAGCCUACAGGAGUAUGAUGCAAGAUCGAGAGGAUCAGUCCAUCCUUUGCACAGGUGAAUCGGGAGCUGGUAAGACAGAGAACACCAAGAAGGUCAUUCAGUAUCUGGCUCAUGUUGCUUCCUCACACAAGUCUAAAAAAGACCAG